AGUCCCCGAUCAGCUUCGCCAGAACGCAUAGCAAAAGCAGGCCGCUCCCCCAGCAGCACAAGGAACGCCUGGACAAGGCUUGCACCGCGCACCGGCACCGGCCCGGCCCUCGGGCCCAACCUGGCACCCUCCUCCGACCCUCCCAGUGACCAAAACCGCCAUUUCCGUGAAACUCGUUCCGGGGAGCCACCGCCCCCGCUCGCCGGCGUUCCGCGUGUCUGCCACCGAAGCCAUACCACCCCAGUGAGCGGCCACCCACGCACUGCACCACCCGGACGGCGCGGCCCUAGGCCGGCCUGCAAUCAUCGAACUCGAACCCCUCGACCUCUGGAACCUGGAACCCAGAGGAGUUGGCAGCACUGCCGAACAAAGUGACAUUCGACUGAGGAUCCGACGCCCGGAGCACCACCGCCACCCCGUCCCAGGAAGUUGCCAACCCGCGCCAGCAAAAGGGGUGGCGGGGCCAAACCGUAACCAUGACGACGGAGGUGACGUCUGGCUCCGGAGGGGGCCAGGAGCUGCAGAUUAUCUCCAACGACGUGGGCGGGAUCCAAGAUGAAGACCUGCUGCGCAGAAUGUGGCAGCAAACCGAAGACUUCGGCCGCAAGAAAGAGAUUCGCGCCAGGAUGUACAAACUGCGCGAGCAGCGCCUCAAAGACUUCUACACGACCGGCGAGGUGCUGCGGGACCUGCAGACGGUGACGGACGCCGACGGCCACGCGGAGCGGCACCACCAGUCACAGCAGAUCAUCUCCAAGAAGACGGCCUCCUCCUUCUCGUCGAUGAAGGAGGGCGGCGAGAUGAUGCGUUCGCACACCGAGUCCAUCCAGGGUCAGGGCGGCUACACGUCGCUCAAGUCGAAGGAGGUGCGCGACUCGGAGUCCCCGACCCGCGACCUGCACCGCCGCCAGCAGGACUACGCCCUGAGCACCUCCGCGACGACGGGCGGCACCGGCACCUGGAAGGUGGUCCGGGAGUCGUCCUCCGCGGCCUAUGACUCGGCCAACGACCUGGGCGUGGUCACCACCAGCAGCAGGACCGAGAAGGGCGGCACCGUCGCCGUCCCGGCCGGCCAGGCCGCCCUGGUGGCGCCGUCUGGCAUGCAGCUGGUGGACUCCGGCGAGACCGUGAUCCACAACGCGGACGGCAGCAUCACUCGCCGCCAGUCCGCCACGUACAAGACAUCCAGCACCGCCACCAGCAGCAGCAGCCAGCAGCAGCAGCGCGCCGUCAGCUCGUCCACGACCUCCAGCUCCAAGGCCGUCACCACCACCAAGUCGUCGACGACGUCCAGCAGCGACCAGCCUGGAGUCGUCAUCAAGGAGAUCAGCUCCACCUCGUCCGCGGACCAGAAGACGAAGGGCGACGCGACGCAGAGGGUGUCCACCACCACGACGUCCAGCAGCGGCAGCCGAGUGGAGCAGCAGGCAGGCGUGGACCAGCGCAUCAUGACGGAGAUCGGGAAGCUGGACUCGUACUUGUCCACGCAGAACGCGACUGGGUCCACCAACACCCCCGUGAGCCCGCGCAGCGUGUGUUCGGAAGCCCCCGGCGCGGCGCCAGCCGUGCAAGCCAAGAGCGAGUUCGUGUUCGAAUCGAGUUCGUCCACCACGGCGACGUCCGCCGCCACCAAGGAGAGCAACAGACUGAGCAGCACCGCCACGACGGCUACCUCCACCGUGACAGCCACCACCGACCUGGACGCGACGCCGCAGCCAAAGUAUGCCGCCGCGAACGGCGACGUGCAGAAGACGGCGACCACCGUCAUCGAGCAGCGCACGACCACCACACUAGAAAGCGACAAACGAACGAACGACUCGACCAGCCAGCACCAGCGGCCCAGCAGCCAACCCAAGUCGCAGCCGCAGAGGCCGCGCACCGAGGUGGACGCGGACCAGUACGUGACAACUUACGCGUCCUCCUACAACAGCAAGCGCAUCAGCGAGGACCUCAGCCCCACGCACCAGUACUUCGCGAGCGCGCUGCGCGCCAGCCCCGCGCCCAGCUCGGCACGCGCCACACCCACACGCGCCCUCGACUCCCGGGGCUCGGUGGACCGUGAGGCCACCACGUCGUCGCGGCCCUCUUCACGACCGUCGUCACCGAGGAAGAGCAGUCGGGGUGCGACGCCGGACAGUAACAGGGCGUCGCCGUGCAAAGACAAACCGCGAGGACCCUCUCCGACCAAGUCCGUCACGACCAGCUUCGACUCGUCGACCAUCAGGCGCAGCAGCAGCACCAGCAAGGACAAGCGCCGCUUCACGUCCAGCGCGUCUCGCGCCGCCACGAAGAAGCGCUCCGGCACGCCCGGCGCCUCGCCCCGCGCGAGCCCCACCCGGGAGGGCACCAGGCCGCGGUCCAGGUCCCCCACGUCCAGCACGGCGGACGACAGCGACGCCUGCCUCUCGACCGCGGGUCGCCGCCGAAGCAACAGCAAGACGUCCGUGUCGUCGUCGGCCACCUGGACGCACGAACUCGCCCGCAAGUCGUCGUCGGAGACCCUCAAGGGGGGUUCCACGAGCAAGGAGACGUCGCCGGUGCGCGACGUGCCCUCCAAGCCGCAGCCCUCGGCGUCCUUCACGCCGUCCGCCCCGUACAAGCGGGAGAAGUCACCGGAGUACAGCUCCGACGGUUCGCUGGCCAGCGAACUGUUCCAGCGCGCGGAGCGCGGUGAGAAGAAGGACGCCACCAGCCCCGACCGCUUCACCCCCAUCAAGUGCUUCCGGACCAUUCCCGAGGGCGGCGUGCUCGAGCCCAAGAAGGACUCGGAGGUCGUGACCAAGCAGACGGAGACCGCCAUGUUCAUCCGCGAGGAAGCCCGCCGCACCGCGCCGACAGUGUCACCGUCGCGGACCUCACCGCCCCGACGCACACCCACCAGAGAGCCACAGUCGUCCAGCAUCUCGCCUUGCACCAGCCCCGAACGCUCGCCGGUACGCCCCGCCACCGCCCCGCCCUCCAGGCCGGGAGCGGUAGCACAGCGGCCAGCGGGGCCUUCUGCAGCCCCAACCAGGGCAUCCCCGCGUACACCUACUAGCAGCCCGGAGCGCUCGCCUAUUCGCAAACCCGCGGCCGCGGCGCCAGCAUCGCCGUCAAAGAAGCCGACGAGGGUGACCAGCAUCCCCAGGGCGGCGGGCCAGCGGACCCAUCCUGUCGGCAAGCCCACGCAGCGGCCGCGCGACGCGUCCGCGCCCGUCACGCCCUCCAGGAAGGUGCCCGGCCAGAGGCGGUCGUCGUCGUCCAGCCCGGAGCGGCCCAGGUCCACGGCAGGGCGGCCCGCGGGGAAGCGCCCCGUAGACACGCGCACGCCGUCGACAUCCUCCCUGCCCGCCACCAAGAGGCCCUUCGCAGACAAGACCAACGUGCGCACUCCGAACGUGCGCGUCCCUGCACCGAGCCCCAGUCCCGCCAGGCCCGCCGCCAAGCCGGCUCAGCCCUUGCCGUCCAAGUCGGCCUUCGUGAGGACAACCCCGCGACCAGAGGACGCCGACAAGGACAAGCCCAGAGGCCACACGAGGACACCGUCGUCGCACCGGCUGUACGGCGGCAUGUCCCAGGAGGUGUGCGGCGCCUGCCACCUCAAGCUGGGCGCCGAGAAGGACACCGUCCAGUGCACGGCGGAGUGCAAGCGCAAGUUCCACGUGCGAUGCGUGGCGAGCGGUGAGGACAUCAAGCUGGUCAAGCUCAAGAAGAACUGGCGUUGCGUGCGCUGCGGUGGAGACUCCAUCAAGACGACCUCCAGCACAACAAAGAAGACGACCACCAUAACUAAGACGUUGACCAGACGGCGGUCGUCUGACGGGAGUCGCAAGCGCGUCCCCUUUCUCGCCGACUCGGGCGCAGAGAGUGACCGCUCGUCCGCGGCCAGCCCGCCUCUGCGGCCCAGCGGCGUGGCCCUGACGGACAUCAAGACCACCACCACGUCCAACAAGAGGGAGUCCAAGGACCGCAUCGACCUGAGCGCACUGUGCGGCGUGGUCAAGGACAAGACCAUCUCCACGGGCGACUACUACAGUGACCUGGAGAACGAAGCGCCCCCUGAAGAGUUUCUUGUCGACGAUGACGAUGACGACAUCGACCUGACGUCCACCACCAAGCAGACGACGAAGACGAGCAGCAAGCGUGAGCAGAACGAGGCGUUCCUGGAGGGCGAGCGGCGCGGGACGAGGCAGGAGUCCCGACUGGACAGCCUGACGCGCACCAACAGCGACAGGAACGUCGUCAAGAAGCAGCCCGCCCCCACGCCCAAGCGGCAGUCCUCGAAGCCUGAGCUGGUCACGGGCACCACGACGACGACCACCAGCACGAGCACGUCCAGGAUCUACGGUGGCACCGUGCUUGAGGUGUGCGGCGCCUGCCACCUGAAGCUGGGCGCCGAGAAGGAUACCGUCCAGUGCACGGCGGAGUGCAAGCGCAAGUUCCACGUGCGCUGCGUGGCGAGCGGUGAGGAGAUCAAGCUGAUCAAGCUCAAGAAGAACUGGCGCUGCGUGCGUUGUGGAGGCACCACAGAGCAGACCAAGAAGACCGUCGAGAAGGACAAUUCUCGCAGCAAGCUCACCGUCAAGGUGGACAAGGUGUCGGGGAAGCAGAACGCCACCAGCGAAAGGCGUGGCAGCAGCAGCACGACCACCACGACGGUGACGUCCUCCACCAACCAGACCUCCAUGACCAACGGGCACCACCGGCGCGAGGAGUCAUUCACUUCGGGCGACGAGACAGACGUGCCGAACGCGGACCAGACGGACACCCCCACCGGCGUGGACGCCUACAUGUGGGAGCUGGAGGACAUGCGUCGCCGGCAAGAGGAGCAGUACGCGCGCAAGGUGACGGACAAGGAGAACGUGCUCCUCAACGCCACCAUUCACGUGCAGCUGCCCAAGUCCUCGCGGGAGUCCUCUCCGGACGGGCGGCCCGGCGGGCGCGCCCCCUCCGUGUGCACGGCCGGUGAUGAGUCGGACAGCAGCCGGCCGCGCUACGCGGACCGCGUCAGCGAGCCGGGGUCGGACGAGGAGGGCCCCGGGCCGCGGCAGGGCUCCGUCAACAAGCUGCCCCAGCUGGACGAGCGCAGGUCCAGCGAGCAGCGGGAACUGGAGAACAACGAGGACGACGAGAACGACGUGGCGAACCUCAGUGUGUCGGACAAGGUGAAUCGCUUCAUGGAGAGCUCCCGCACGCUGUCCAUCUCGGAGCUGAAGACGCCGCACCGGCCGGCCCCGGCCACCGACAGCCCCGGCAACGUGAGCAAGGCGAAGGCCAUGUUCGAGACCAUCGCCAGCGGCCAGACCGUCACGGAGAAGCUCGAGACGCAGGAGGAGCACGAGUCGCAGCAGAGCGCGGACGCCACGACCAGGCAGAGGGACGUGCUGAGCCGCCCGUCGAUCUUCGAGGGCCGCAAGGUGCUGACGGAGACCACGGUGGAGACCACCACCACCACGGCCACCGCGCCAGUGCUGCCGCCAGGCGUCACCAUCGCCAAGGACACGAUCCCUAGGAAGCGCUCCCCGUCCCCCGAGCCACCUAGCUUCGCCCUUACCUUCAGCCCGAAGCCCGUCGCCGAGCCACAGCCCUCGGCUCCGCAGCCCGCACGCCUCAACGGCCACACGACACCCGUGCGUCAGGACUCGCUGCCGAAGGACAUCAAGACCGCCCCGAAGAAGCCAGACGCCAGCAGCCCCGCCCGCAGAGACUCUGUGCGCAGGGAGCUCUUCCCCGACACCAGCAAGAAGACGACCUCCACGACCAAGACGGCGACGUCCUUCUUAGACGGCGAGCGCCGCAGCUCCCUGCAGCAGCGGACGGACACGAGCUCUACCAUCAAAACGACAUCGUCGACCUCGUCCUCACGCACCGCGUCCCCUGUCAAGGACGUCGCGAGCAAGGCGUCGUCGCCAACCCGGUCCCCGGCCAGGUCACCGUCGCCGCAGCGCAGCCAGCCCAAGCAGAUCGACAUCCUGAGCAGACCGUCCAUUUUCCAAGGCCGUAAGAUGAUGGCCGCGGCCAAGGAUUCUACAACCUCCACGACCACCACCACGUCUAGCACGGCGACGACCCUCCCGGAGCAGCCCAAGAGCCCCACCAGGCCGAAGGCCUCCUCGCUGGACCGGCCCACGGAGAGCAGCCUGGCGCGCGGCACCAAGUUCGGCGUGCACCUCCGCAGCACCGCGACCACGGCCUCCACCGCGUCCACCACGACCAAGGCGGCGGAGCAACGCCGGGGCAGCGCCGUCUUCCUGGACGGCCAAGAGGUGGACAUCGAGGAGGUGUACGACCUCGAGUUCCUCGAGACCAUCUUGGAGCGAGUAGUGGGCUACGAGCAGCGCCGCCGCAUCCGCACCCAAAUUCGCAAGGCCAAGGAGCGGCUGGAGGGAACCGUGCAGGCGGAGCAGGUCCUGAGCAAGGACAAGCAGGUGAAGCAGGACGGCCGCACCACGUCCACCACGACGACCACCUCCAGCAAGUCGGGCAACACGGUCACGGAGAAGGUGACGACCACCACCACGACCAAGUCACCCACCAGCAAGGUCGUCACCACCCGGGUCACCACCACGUCCAGCACGACCAGCGGCACCAGGUCGCCGACCAAGGGUCUUUCCUCGACUUCGCCGACGCGGUCCUCCCCGUCACGGUCGUCCCCGGAACGGUCUCCGAGCCGCUCCCCUGAACGGUCCUCCACUAGAAAGUCUUCCACGUCGUCGACGUCCAAGGCCAGAGACACGACCGACUUCCGCCGCUCGUCCACGUCGUCUACCACCACCACCAGCAUGACGACCAAGACGAGCUCCAGCAGCAGCGCCGGCCGCACCAAGUCGCCGGCCUCGACGCCCGGGCGCCUGGCGGGCCGUGAGUCGGCCAGGGAGGCCUGCCCGACAGACUCCAUCACGUCGAGCUACGGCGUGGGCCCCACGGACGACAGGGGCAGGCCGCUGUUCGGCCUCAAGGCCCUGCGCCGCACCAACACGAACCGUACGCUGCAGGACGCCGAGCCCACCGCCGAGGCCCCGAAGCAGGCGACGACCGCCGCGUCGACGAGACCGCGCGCUGCGGACAUCACCGACUCCACCGGCCUGCCGCUCUUCGGCGGCCUGCGCGCGCUCAAGAUGAACAGCACCACGAGCUCCACCACCACGUCGAGCACGGUGGACCACCGGAACGGCCUGAACGGCCACGCCGGCCCCGCCUCGCCGCCGCUGCGUGACCUGGUGCAGCGCCACGAGGACCUUUCCCGAGAGUCGUUCCUCGACUCGCGGCGCGGCAUCCUGAAGAAGCCCAGGGAGGAGAGCACCUCCUCGUCGUACUCGCGCUCGACCGUCGUCAGCCAGCGGCAGGUCGUGGCCCCCGACGGCACCGUCUCUCUUACCAGGGACGUCAUCCGAGGCGAGACUGUCGCCAAGUCCGGGCAGGAGCCCGUCACCAACGUCUCCCGUGAACACUAUGCUUAUGAAUCUCCUGAACCGAGGACCCUGUCAAUCACCCAGCUUGACAGCGAGGAAGAGGAGGUUCGUGGAAGCAGGAGGAGUUCACCGUCGCCCGACCGCGUCCUCAUCGAGUCCGCUCAAAGCUCCAAGAGGUCAUCUCGAAACUUUGAAGAGGACAACAAAUUUAGCAGCUCCUACCGCAGAACGUCCGGCCAGGAUGAGUUCAUCCGGCAGGAGAAAGGCCACUCCGCCCAGGCGGCCCCCAACGGCGACGAGGCGGACAGCCGCGCUGCCGACAAGGUGGCCAGGCAGGGGUCCGGCCGAUGGUCCAACACGGUGACCAGCAAGAAGACUGAGGGCGGUGCCACCACCCACUCCACCACCACGACCACGAAGGAGCGCCGCGCGUCGGGCGGGGUCACGUCUGAGUCGACGUCCGUCUCCACCAAGAGCACUACCUCUAGCCACAGUUCAUCCCCCACACGAAAUGAGAAAUCUCCCAGCAGAGAUUCAGCGAAAAAGCAAACGAGUGAUAAAUGGUCUUCGGGCAGCACCACGGAAUCGAAAUCCUCGAAUCGGUUCUCGUCGCGCACUUCGACCUCUCGAACCAGUAGCUCUUCCAAUCUCGAACGACGACGGUCCUCUGCCGCUGAGGACGUGGCCGAAGAAGGGUCCAGCGCCUGCAGCUUGAUCAGGACCUCGCAGCGGGGCUCGGUGCGAGCUCUGCAGGAGAAGUUCCAGAAGGCAGCAGCCGAGAGCGCUGACAGCACCCGAUCAAACCGCUCUUACCCCAAGGCGGGGCUAAUCUUCCGCUCAGCCAGCUUCCGCUCAAACAGUGGAGAAGGCUCGGCGCCUGCCACCCCGACCUCGCCAAACCAGCCGAGUGCGCCGUCCACGCCGGAAGCGGGUCCGAACCCGACCCUCAAGCAGUCGGCCUCCAUGGAGGUGCGCGUCGGCUCCCCGGUGGCGUCGCCCCUGCCGUCCACGCCGGGCAGCACCGCCACCGAGUCCAGGUCCUUCCUCAACGACCGCACCGCCGUGACCGACGUCCAGGACGUCCUCACCAGGAUGCGCAACGCCGACAUUGUGGUGGAGAACGGGGACAGCGCGGAGGACCAAGCGGCCCGGUCGCUACUCAACAAGUUCCUAGGCGCGUCUGUGAUCCUGCAGGGCAUGGAGCCCCUCGUCGGCGACAAGCACACGGCCGCCUCGUCGACCUCCACCAGCAGCGCCCGGCGCACCAUCGUUGGCGGUGGCGGCACCACCUCGGCCGCGCUCGUCAGCCAGGUGGAGCGGCAGCGGCUUAGCGGCGCCAAGCAGGUCAUCAACGGAGCGGCGAAGGACCCCAUCUCAGACUUGGACUCCAUCUGGGACGAAGGUCACUUACGGACUUUGCUGGACGCCUGCUCGGACUACGAGGGCCGCCGCAAGAUCCGGGCCCGCCUCCGCACGGUCAUGGCUGAACAGAAAGCCUGCGAGGGCGUCGUGGCCGCGGCACACCGAGACGAGAACCGAUCGCUUGACGGGGACACUGCUUCGUCGGCGUCCUCUGUGCACGGAAAGAGCGAGUCAUUUAAAAGUUCUACCUCAACUGACGCCAAUAGCACAACUCAUACAGAAGUGAGGACAAAGACGUCUCAUUUCAGCUCAACGAGCAGCAUGGCUACUAACAAAGGUGGACCCCCUAAGCCCAUCUCCCCAUUUGCCAAAUUCCAGCAGCUGGAUCGUCAGAAUUCAGCAGCUUCAGCUCCCAGCUCCCCUAAGACACCCAGUACACCUGGUGCUCCGGGCAGCCCCAUAUUUAAAUUCACCGAUCCCAAGUUGGCUCGGUCUGCAUCCAGUGUCAAGGACAACUUGCUGUACUGGUGUCAGUGCAAGACCAAGACUUACAAGAAUAUUAAAAUAGACAACUUCUCGGGCAGCUGGAGCGAUGGGCUUGCUUUCUGCGCACUCAUUCACCACUUCAUUCCGGAUGCCUUUGACUAUGAUGCCCUUGUGCCAACACAGCGCCGCAAGAAUUUUGAGCUAGCCUUCCGCGUUGCUGAGGAACGGGCAGAUAUUGCUCCGCUGUUGGAUGUUGAAGACAUGGUGAUGAUGAAGAGACCUGACUGGAAAUGCGUCUUCACCUACGUCCAGUCCAUUUACCGGCGGUUCAAAGAUGAGGACUAAACUACUUCCCAGCACCUCCAGCGCAGUAUUCCUUCAAACACAAGAAGUCCAACAAGUGCAUCUAGCAAUUUUCAAUUUAUAAUUUUAGCAUAUUAGACAUUCUUGCGGAAAGCUCUGCCUUUCAGUGUAAUUGCUGUGAUAAGCUCGGGCCUUGGAUAGUGUUUUAGUGGCUGGCUCCUUUGGAGGCAGUCUCACUUUUGAUUUCUCAAGAUGUUUUUCCCAUCACAUUUAAAUUGAGUCAUGCUUCUUUAAACGAAAAAUGUUUUAGAGAUUGAUUCUUUGUUUUUAAAAAUAUAUGACCUAAAUGUGGUGAAUAAUUCUCUCUUUCAUCUAGUCCAAGUUUUAUGUGUGUGUGAUAAUAGCAUGAAAAGUGAUGUGAUUUGCCUAUCCAAGCCUAGUGUUCUAUAGCUAUUUGUUGUUUAUCAUCAGUCUCACCUCUACUGAACAAAUUUGUUACAUUUCAUAAGUACUCUGAGGAACUGUCAUUUCACAUUUUACGUAUAUCUGGACUACAUUUGUUUAUGUUUUGUUUGUGCGUUGCCCUUCUUAUUUAUUUUAUGUUACCAAUUUUAUUAUAAAUAAUACAUCAAGACCUAGGUGUUGCCCAUGAUAUAGGCAUCCAAGAAGUGGUGAAUGAGUGUGCAGUUGCUUUCCCAUUUGUAGAUUUUUAAUUGAAGGAACCCAGCUCGUGUGUAACUAGCUUGCUGUAAAACUAAUUAUAUAAUUUUCAUUGCAGUUACUCUUUGUCUUUGUAUUUUUUUAUAUGAAAUAUUUUUAUAUGUAACUGGGUAUUGUCAUUAAUGUAGAUGUUUUUAAUUCUUUCGCACUCCUCUAACCAUCAUGAGAAGCAGAUAAGUAAUUCCUUUACACAAUAUUAGAGCCUUAAAAUAGUUAUCGCUUUUUUAAUCAAAAACGACAUGUUGAAUUAUCAGACAUAUACUUGUGAUGCAUUCAAACGUCUUAUGUUAUAUUUGAAAUUGUGCUUAAGUUUGCCUGAAUUUCUUGCAGUUAACUCCAGAAGCCUGCCUUUUACUUUCUUUGUUUAUUUUUGUCGUGAAUACGGAUUUAUUAACUAAUUAUACUCCACAAAAUACUGAAUGGUCAAGGCUGCAUUAAUGCUCUUCAGUUUAAUUGCUACACACUAAGAGUUCUUGCAGCAGUCCGAACUAUACGUACAUUUCCUAUUAUUUAUUGCAGCACAUGCCAUUUGUAUUUUACUUAAGAAUAAAUACCUGGAAAGAAAACA